AUGUCACACAUUAGUGCUGCAGGAAUUGUCACUUUUAGAGAUGAUGAACUUAGAAGAGGAGGAGUUAUUUCAGAGGAACUCCUCCAAGCUAUAGAGCAAUCUAUGUUUUCCAUUGUUGUCCUCUCUCAAAAUUGUGCUUCUUCUUCAUGGUGUUUGGAGGAAUUGGAGAAGAUCAUGGCAUCCAGACAAGACCUCGGCCAAAUAGUUGUCCCAGUUUUUUAUGGUGUAGACCCAUCUAUUAUUCGACACCAAGAAAAUCUGGUUGCAACAGCUUUUGAGAAGCAUGAAGUAAGAUUUUCAUAUUAUAAAGUGCGAAGAUGGAGGGAAGCUUUGACCAAGGUUGCCAAAUGCCUAGUUAUCUGGUUGGUAUACAAGAAAUAA